UUCUGGACGAUGAUGCUUCCAAGUGUUUGUUUGUUUCGUUACUGCUCUCCCUCAGUGAGCAAUAGCAUGGCCUUGACAGCUAACUCUAUCCUCUCUAGAGCUUCUUUCUCGCUUCUUCCAAUGCGAGGGCUACAGGUUGCUGCUUCCGCCUCGUUCUCAAAUUCGGCUUCACAAUUGGAGUCCGUGGCUCCCAUGACAGAUCGUUGGAAGCCCUUGUGUUUGUACCAUACCCAAGGCAAGUGCACAAAGACAGAUGAUCUUUUGCACCUUGCAAAGUUCAAUCAUAAUUGUUCCAAAGAUCUUCAAGUAAAUGCUGCUGACCUCAAAUGUUUGCGCUCUCAGCAUCUAGAUUAUUUUUUGGUGCUCGACUUGGAGGGGAAAGUUGAGAUUCUUGAGUUUCCUGUCAUAAUCAUUGACGCAAAAACCUUGGAUGUCGUGGAUUUCUUUCACAGGUUUGUGCGGCCUUCCAGCAUGAGUGAGGAAAGAGUUAAGGAAUAUAUUGAAGGAAAAUAUGGAAAACUUGGAGUUGACCGUGUCUGGCAUGACACAGCAAUCCCCUUCAACGAUGUUCUUCAGCAAUUUGAGACUUGGAUAACUCAUCAUUGCUUGUGGGAGAGGGAGCUGGGAGGAACUCUUCGUCAAGCUGCAUUUGUGACUUGUGGUAAUUGGGACUUGAAGACGAAGGUUCCUCAGCAAUGCAAAGUUUCAAGAGUGAAACUACCACAGUAUUUCAUGGAGUGGAUCAAUCUGAAGGACAUAUAUCUCAAUUUUUAUCACAGGAGGGCUACGGGAAUGAUGACGAUGAUGAAGGAACUAGGGAUACGGUUGGUGGGAAGUCACCACCUUGGAAUUGAUGACACUAAGAACAUUUCAAGGGUGCUGCAACGCAUGCUUAUUGAUGGUGCGGUUUUGCAGAUCACUGCUAGGAGGAAUUCUAGUUCUCUAGAAGAUGUGGAUUUCCUUUUCAAGAAUCGAAUCCGGUAAACCGCUUGCUGGUGGCUGAGUCUUGAUUGUAAAGUAAAAUGGCAAUCAGUAUGUUUGAUUAAAAUUUUGUAGCAGUAUUGUUUCUUUUCUU